CUUUGAUCGUUGAGGACCGCGCUCGUGUUACACGGAAGAAAUGAGGAACAACAGAAGCAUGAUAGCAGUGGUCAUCCUCUGCGUGAUAGUAGGCGUGGUGCCCAACCCAGUCCGGCGUUCUCCAGACUUGGAAGCAAGACGUAGAAGUUCCAUCGAUAGAAGCAUGAUAAGGUUCGGAAGAUCCUACCCACCAGAGCCCUCAGCUGCCGAUCUUCGAGAGGCCUUCCAGCGCCCAACACGUAAGGGCAACAAUUUCCUACGCUUCGGCAGAUCUCAGCCGAUAACUUUAACGACUGAUGACCUCAUAUCCCUACUCCGAAGCUACGAAGAUGAAUACGACAGUCCCACUUCAAAACGCGUAUCGAAUUUCGUGCGAUUGGGAAGGGACCCUAAAUUCAUCAGGCUUGGCAGGUCAACUGAUGAAGAAAAACUCGGAUACGAACAGACCUCGGAUCUAGUUGUAAGCGGAUAUCCUGAGAGGAAACAUAGGGCGAGAGACCACUUCAUAAGACUCGGCAGAGACAGCGAGGAGCUCAACAGAGAUGAUGAAGAGGUUCCAGAGGAGAGGAAGAAAAGGUCAACUGAUUGUCACGACUGCUAAGCUUAAGCUGAUUGAUUCCCGAUGUUCACAUGGUUUCAGUGCCAAGGAUUUUGUGCCAUAUUUAUAAUAGAAAACAAGGUUAGUUUAGUUACUAUAGCGUAUUCAUGUAUUGAUCUUUUCUCUUAUUAUCUGGAACUAUUCUGUAUUUCUGUCGUUGGUUGGAGAAUACGUGAGUUAUGUGUUUGCGUGUUUUACUUUGUUUUUCUGGUGGACUAGCUUUAAUUAGUAAAAUAUUGCUCUGAGUUUUGAGCCGAAAUUGCUAAAGGCCACUUACGGAAUUAAAAAUAUGCAAACUGAUUGUAUUCACUACAAUGUAAAGCGUUUUUAAUUUUUCGCGUCGGGCUGUGU